CGCCCCCCCAGGGCAACCAGAGAGAGGCGAUACCGCCAAGCGCGCAGAGCGGCGCCCUGCUGGUCGGCCUCGUAACGGAAGUAGGCGCUGCGCGUCCGGAAGCGGUGGUGCGGCGGGGGCCGAGCGGGGUUGUCGCAAUGAAGCCGGCGGUGGACGAGAUGUUUCCUGAGGGAGCCGGUCCUUACGUGGAUCUUGAUGAGGCAGGGGGAAGCACGGGGCUGCUGAUGGACCUGGCCGCCAACGAGAAAGCGGUGCACGCCGACUUCUUUAACGAUUUUGAAGAUCUCUUUGAUGAUGAUGACAUCCAGUGAACUCAGUUGUCCAGCUAUGCAAUGCUGAGAUGUGGAUUUUUCUCUAGGAUCGCCUGUGGUGCCCAUUAUUUAUUAAAAUAAUCAAGACAGGAAAAUCACAGAGGGGGGGGAAAACCUGUAUAAGCUGCCUGGGGAAUAUGAAAACCAGAUGGUUAAAGAUAA